CUGCCUCUCCAAUUGCUCCCUUUCCACCCCUUGCCUCUCCAACCUCCACCAAGGAAUUCUUUGCCCAAUGCGCUCAUCGUCCCCGUCACCACCUCUCCCCACGCACCAUCGCCGAUCCUAUUGCCCACAUACCUCGCGUCAUCUCCGCUCCGCCUCCUUCUCGCCGGCUUCCUGUGUGUCAUCCUGUCGCUGUCACCGUCUCGUUGUUUGCUACCACCACUGCCGCACCGGCUGGCUGGCUGCGCUGAAACAGCAGCCGCGCUACGCUGACCGGCGAGGGCGGCCGGCAAGACUGGCCGUUCGUCCGGUCCUCCCCCUCCGGCCUCCGCGCAACGGCGCAAGGGACGCGACGGGGCCGGCCUCGGCCUCGGCCUCGGCCUCGUGCUUUUUGUGCGUGGUUGGAGUGGUUGAGCCGAUGGCGACGAGCGAUCCCGGGCGGCGGGCGUGGCGCCAUGACGGCAACCAUUUUAAUACGCGCGCCCAGCAGCUGAAACCUGACAAGCUAACCAGAUUUUAGGUGGUUACCCGUGUCGCCUCCCACCCCUCCCUCGCCCUUCGCCGCGACGCCUCCUUUUCCGCCCAGCGCCCAGGUCCGGUCCGGUCCGGCCCGGCCCCAGGAUAUAGUUCCCGCUCUCGUCGCUUGCGCUUGUUUCUUCCUCCUCGUCUCAGGCCUCCCCCGCCGCGCGCCCGCGCCUUUCGGUUCGGGUUCAGCGAAUUCAGCCACAAAGCGAGUGGGUGGCCGGAGAGGCCCUGUACGUUACCCGGCCGGCAGCGAGUUCCUGGUAACGGAACUCGCUCGCGCGCUCGCUUUCCAGUUUCCUGUCCAGGCGACGACCGCCGCCCCGGCAGUUUUCUAUUCCAGCGUCGCGGUUCCGGGUCAGACAUUGGUUGCAGGCUCCAAGCCAGUUGCCCGGCGCCGGAUCGUCUUGUGACAGCAGCAAGUCCACGGCGGCGGUUAGUGGUUGAGCAAACCAGUGGCCUGCCUUGGCUACUUACCAGCUUGCUUCGCCAUGGACAACUUCGGUUCCUGCUGAUCUCUGGAGUGGAGCUGCGAGCCGGCUCUCGGCCAUCAUGGCGGCGGACCACGGGGAGGGCGUCGGCCGGUGCAUACUGGUGGGGCUGCACAUGGACGCCGUCGGCAGGGACCUGCUCCGGUGGGCGCUCCACGAGGAGGCCAGGCGGGGCGACCGCAUCGUCGCCGUGCACAUUUACCGCAAGUCCGACAAGACGAACACACUGAAGCUGAUCAGGACGCUGGACGACUACCUGGCGGACUACGAGGCCCUCUGCAACCAGAAACAGGUCGUUCUUGUCGGUCGGGUGACGCCGGGGAGCUCGAUCCAGAAGGAGCUGGUGAAGGAGGCCAAGCUCUGCGCCGCCAUGGUCGUGGUGCUUGGCGCCAAUAAGAAGUACUCCUUCGGAGGGUCGUCCUGCCUGGCCAAGUACUGCGCCAAGAAGUUGCCGCCGACAACCACCGUCGUCGCCAUCCAGGACGGCAAGGCCGUCUUCGUCCGGGAGGCGCCCAAGCCACCACUUGGAGCAGAGCCGAAGCCGGUGCUCCGCACGGUGCUGCACCCGAGCGUGGGACUGGAGCCCAAGGUGAUCAUCCCGAACCCGAACCGGAGCGCGCGGUCCAUGGACUUGGACGCCCGGAGCUGCGGCCACGGCGCCGCGGCCGCGCCGGCAACCAAGUCCUUCGACGACGCCACCAAAGGCGACGGCAGCGUGACGCUCGAGCAGAGGCUCGGGUGGCCGCUGCUCCGCCGCGCGCACGCCGCCGCCGCCGCAGCUGCCCCUGUACACACGCCCAGCGCCAAGAAUCAUGAGCCGCGGAAGCAGUCGGUGGUGCACUGGGUGAUGAGCCUGCCCCGGCGGUCCGCGCCGUCGGAGUCCGCCGAGCCGCAUGCCGGGGCGGGACUCGAGUCGGAGCUCAAGGCAAUGCUUGGUGGCAGUGGCGCCCAGUGCCGGUGGUUCCGCUACGAGGAGCUCUACGACUCCACCAACCACUUCGCCGCAGACAACCUGAUUGGGAACGGAGGGAACAGCAGGGUGUACAGGGGCAGCCUCGCCUGCGGGCAGCACGUGGCGAUCAAGCUGUCCAAGGCGUCGGCGCAGGCGUCCAAGGACUUCCUCCGGGAGGUGGACAUCAUCACCAAGCUGCAGCACCACCGGAUCGUCCCCUUGAUCGGCGUCUGCGUGGAAGGCCGCAACCUCAUCUCCGUCUACAGCUACCUCCCCAGGGGCAGCCUCGAGGACAACCUACACGGAGAAAGGUCAAAGCCGGCGCUGUCAUGGGAGAACCGGUACAAGGCGGCGUUGGGGAUCGCGGAGGCCCUGAGCUACCUGCACUCCGGCAGCUCGCGGCCGGUGAUCCACCGGGACGUCAAGUCGUCCAACAUCCUCCUCGCGGAAGAGUUCGAGCCUCAGCUAUCCGAUUUUGGGCUGGCCAUCUGGGCGCCGACGAACCCGACCUCCCUGACGCACAGCGACGUCGUUGGCACAUUCGGGUACCUGGCGCCGGAGUACUUCAUGUACGGGAAGGUGACCGACAGGGUGGACGUGUACGCGUUCGGCGUCGUCCUGCUGGAGCUCCUGUCCGGCCGGAAGCCCAUCAGCAGCGACGGGUCGUCACCCAAGGGCCAAGAGAGUCUCGUCAUGUGGGCAACUCCGGUGCUUAGCAGCGGCGACAUCUCUGACCUACUGGACCCGAGGCUGGACGUGAAGCACGACGAGGUGGAGGUGAGGCGGAUGGCCUCUGCGGCGUCGCUCUGCCUCCGGAGGUCGGCUCGACUCAGGCCGCCGAUAUCGCAGAUACUGAGCAUACUACGAGGAGAAAGCACGGCGAGCAUCGCCGACCAGGACGCAACGGAGCCGGACUGCCUAGACGACGAGGCUUACCCGGCGGCGAACGUGAGGUCACACCUGGACCUCGCGCUUCUUGACGUGGAAGACUCCGAGUCAAUCUCUAGCACGGAGCACAGCAGCGGCCUCAGCCCGUUGGAAGAGUACCUGCGAGAACGUUGGAGCCGAUCGUCCAGCUUCGACUGAUUCAAGCCUGCGAUUUUGUGGUCAUGUAUUUUCCAAUUUUUUUACCUUCACCUCUUCACCCACCCCGGUACUACACAUGUUUGUUGUAUGGUUUGAUUACCGGGACCGUGUGUACAGUUUACAAUCAAAAAUCACCAGAGCCACAUUUUCGGCGACAAAUGGCUUCCUGACAAGAUUUCGACAA